AUGGAGCAGUUCAGUCCACUAAACCAGCCUUAUUAUUCGCCUAUCAUCUCUCCUUCAAUGCCACUUUCACUUGGUCUAACCUCUGGCUUCAAUUUAAGACAAGAGCAAAACAGCCUCGCAAAAUCCCCUUUUAUUAUUGGCAUCUGUGGAGGCUCCUGCUCAGGAAAAUCCCUAAUAGCUGAUACACUUAAGCGAAGUCUUGACUUUUCAGCAAGUGUCGUCAAUGAGUUUGAUUUCUAUAUGCCGACUGAAAAUCAGACGCCUGAUUAUACACACAACUUUGACGAUCCAAAUGCAAUAGACUGGGAGUCGCUUAAAGCUUGCUUGGAGUCCUUAAAUGGUCACAGACCGUUUGACUGUCCUCAGUAUAAUUUAGAGAAGCAAAAAAAGAAGAAAAAAACCAUAAAAAUAUUCCCAACACCAGUUGUGAUUAUUGAAGGACUGUUUUUGUUUUGCAAGCCAGAAAUCAGAGAACUAAUUGAUAUGAAGAUUUUUGUGGAUUGUCCUGAUGAUGUCAGAUUAGGACAUAGGGUCAGAAAAUUUAUUGGGAGAGGACUUUAUACUUUACAAUUUAUUACUGAUUAUUAUCAAAAAUACACAAAGCCAGCUUUUGAGCAAUAUAUUGAGCCGAGCAAGGUGCAUGCAGAUUUGAUUAUCCCUAAUUUUGGGAUAUUUAAUAACAGCAAAGAUGUAGAAUCUAUGGUGUCGCAUAUUGCAAAUGCGAUUUAUGGAAGGCAACCACCUACUGAGCUGAUCAAUAGAUUGAGAUAUGCUCCAAUGAGAAUUGCUUUUAGAGGAAAAGAGCCUACACUUUUAGAUAUAUAA